AUGAUCGAGACAGACAAUAGUUGGACAAUAACAUUUGAAGAACUUAAACAUGGUUUGAAGAGAGUAGGUUCUCAGAUGAUGGAAGCUGAAAUCAAGGCUCUGAUGGAUGCAGCUGAUAUAGACAACAGUGGAAUAAUAGACUAUGGUGAAUUUCUUGCUGCUACUUUGCACUUAAAUAAGAUGGAGAGAGAGGACAAUUUGGUUGCAGCAUUCUCCUAUUUUGACAAAGAUGGUAGUGGUUACAUCACCCUUGACGAGCUUCAACAGGCUUGCCAAGAUUUUGGUCUUGGUGAUGUUCAUCUGGAUGAGACGAUCAAAGAAAUUGAUCAAGACAAUGUAAGUCUGGCAUGUGCUUAUUUGCUGCAACUGGUUUAUGCUGAUGAAACCUCAUGCCAGGAUGGGCGGAUAGAUUAUGGGGAGUUUGCUGCAAUGAUGAGAAAGGGUGAUGGAGGAGUUGGGAGGACCAGAACCAUGAGAAACAAUCUGAACUUUAAUUUAGCCGAUGCCUUGGGGAUAGAAAAUGCAACCUCAGAUGCUAUAUGA